CAUUUCCUUCAUGCAGAGGCAAAACUAAAAUUCUCCUACGUGUAGUGUGUCACACUUACUCCAUGUGUAUGUGAAUGUGACUCAGUGAUUGAAAGUGCAGUGCGGUGAGUUCAGAGCACGGAUUGCACAUCUAUCCAGCUUUCUUCUUUACUUUUAUUAGUGUUCAGCUUUCUGUCAGUUCCCUCCCACCAGCAGCCCCUGCUUGCUCCCUAUCUCCCCUACCUAGUAGUGCCGGGUCUCUGUCAGUGGAAGCUGAGCAGCAGUCAGAGAGUGCAGACAUAGGGGGCGACUGUCAGACUGUCGGACUGUGGCACAUUGCUGCCUUUGCGAUCUCUCGGGCACAAUCCUGUUUAAUGAGCGCAGUGCUGACUGGAAGCUACACACUGGAAGCUACACUGGAAGCUACACUGGAAGCUAUCUGUGUUGCGAUCUCAUGCACAUGCACGUCCGUCUCUCUCGGAUCUGAGCGCACACAGUGUGUGAGUGAGUCUUGGAUGGUAGCCUUAUAGGAUAUAUAGGUUUGGCAUCAGGGGACCAUUGUUCGGAGCGGAGCCAUUCUCCAGCAGCAGCAGCAUGUCGAUGGGCACAAUGGGCAGAAAGCUGGCUUGCACCCUUGUGUUGCUGGCAUUCUUGUUGCACUGCACCUUCCCUCAGACAUCAGGGCCACAUUCUCCGGAGUCCAGGAAAGUUGGAGAAGGCCUGUCAUGGGUGGAUAUCUAUAACCGCAGUCAGUGUCAGCCUCGCUGGAUCCUUUUGAAUCUUCUGAGCGAGUUCCCUCAGUUCUCUGACUUCCUUUUUAUACCACCCUGUGUGUCUGUCCUGCGCUGUGCCGGGUGCUGCCUGGAUGAAGCCUUAGGCUGUGCACCCUUGCAGACAAGUAACAUCACAAUGCAGGUAAUCAAGACAAAGUCACUUCAGUCGGACCUAACGAAUUUAUCCAUUACUCAGCAUGUGAGCUGUCAGUGCAGACCAAAGAACAAUGUUCGGUUGAAAGCUCACAGCCUCUAUAUAGCGGGAGAGAAAAAAGUGAAGAAACGGAGACGGAAGUUAAAGAAUGGAAAUGGAACCCCGCAAGCAGACGGAUCUCCCUGUCCCCCCUGUAAUAAGCACAGGACACUGAACCCCGUUACCUGUGAGUGCAUUUGCAAUAUCACUGAAGAGAAGUGUCUUCUACAAGGACGGCAGUUUCACAAAGAGCGAUGCAGAUGUGAGAGGCUUAGGCGGUAGAGUCAUACAGGUAACAGCCGGACUCUCUUAGUUACAGAAGUAACAUACAAUACCAGGCGAUGCUCCACUGAUUCAAUCGUUGACCCCCCCAGCCUUGGGGAAGAACUAAGAUGGUGAUCCUGAAACACCAGCUUUACGUGCAAUAUUUUGGAAUUCUUCAUGCAAUCCCGCUGCAAAAUAUGCUCACCAACAUUUCAAGGGCAAGAAAACCUCUUCUUCUUUUUUUUACGAGAAGCAGCAAAAAGCUACUGCAGAAAUCGAGCUAAUCAUUGGUAUGGGGCCUGUUAUCCAGAAUGCUCAGGACCUGGGGUUUCCCAGACCUUUCCAUUCUUUAAGUUUACUAAAAAAUCAUUUAAACAUGAAAUAAACCCAAUAGAAUUGCUUUGCAUUCAAUA